GUUAGUGUCAAAUUUUGUUUGGUAGAGGUUGGGUGUAUUUGUGUGAUCAAUUUCACAAAAUAAUUAUUUCCGUCGCGGAACUAAAUCGCGGAUGCUUACUGAUUGCAUCACGUUCUCACGAAAUGCCAAGCGGGACGAAUCAGUUACUUCGGUGUUAAUAAAUCGUGUAAAAUGUCGUCUUUCGUCACGUAUAGGAACGAGAGCACGGUGGACGUAGUUGAACCGUCGACAAAAGACAAUGUUACGUUCUACAAAAUAAUUGUUAAAGUCGGACCUGUUCACUGGAACGUCCUACAUCGGUACAGUGACUUUGUGGAUCUCCACGAAAGGCUGGUCAAUGACCACGGCGUCGCCAAGGACCUGUUACCACCAAAAAAAGUUAUACGUAACAAAACACCAAAAUUCGUUGAACAAAGACGAGAAGCGUUGAACGAAUACCUGAAGAACGUGUUUAAUUAUCUAAAAUUAACGAUGCCAUCGGAGUUCGCCCACUUUUUAGACUUCCACAUAUACGACAUAUUCUUUUUGUUACAAGACUUGGCGAAAAAGUUUUUUUUAGAAGGUGAUAAAUUGUUAGAGACCGAAAAAUGUCACAAAUUCUCUCCCCUGGAGUUACACGCCAUUAGUGAAAGAUUCAAAAUGGCCUGCCCUCCAAUGGAGAAACAAGAUCAAAUGUAUGACUUCAGCCACAUACUGGAUUUCUGCUCACAAGUCAGUUCUCUCAACAUUGAAGGAAGUUACGACAAGUUGGGUACAAGCAAUGUAGUGCCUAAUGAUUUACAUUUUGAUCUCAUACCCUUUAAAUGUUUGGCUGAUCUGAAGAUACUGGGAGUUCCAAUGGAAUGUAUACAUAGUGUUGGCAGUCUCCGCGAUACACUCAACAGUCUAUCUAUUCACAUAGCGGGGGUUAUAUCAUUGAAUGAGUUCCUACUGGUCGAUGUACUGCAUAAGGAUCCUUCUAGUUUAGCUGACACUGUGAUAUGGAAAAAGCUGUACUCCAUAAGCAUCGUGAGCAACAACAUAAACAAAGUAGACUGGGCGAUCAAACUGGUCCCCAAACUUCAGCAUCUCAACCUUUCGUCCAACAAACUGGCUGAGCUAUGCGACAUAUCGUGCCUUCACGAACUGAGGGAACUCAACUUGUCUAUGAAUAGAUUUAGUCUAUGCGAGAACUGGCACGCCAAAAUAGGCAACAUAGUCAAAAUAGAUCUAUCACAAAACAAAAUUGAAUCUCUGCAAGGCUUUUCGAAGCUCUACUCAUUAGAAAGUCUAGAUUUAAGUUGUAAUAUUAUAACGGAUAUAGAGGAAGUGCAGCAUAUAUGCAAUUUACCCUGUUUAGAGUAUCUGUGGUUGACGGCCAAUCCUGUCGCGUCAUCCAUAGAUUAUAGAGUCAAGGUCAUAGAGCAAUUUAACGCGAGGAUGACAGAAGUCUGUUUAGACAACGAAAAGGCGUCUGAAAAAGAGUUAGAUACAGCAAGAGUGUUGCAAGCUCUAAGAAUAGUGAAAGAAGGUAAAACUCCUAGUUUUUUGAUGAAUAAUAACAGCACCCACAGUUUUAAAAGGAGUUGACGAUUGGGAAUGUAUUUAGUAUUGAUUAUGGAGUAUAUAGUGUAAAAAUCGAUUAUUGAAUAAUCCUUUUAUAUUAAUGUUAUAAAUACAUAAAUGUUUUACUAAACUGAUCAUCAUGAAAGAAAAUUGCAUAAUAAUGUACUGCACUGCUCUUGAAGGAGAAUACUUGAACUAACUUUGGGACAAUAACAUUAAAUUGGGUUGAAACUAAUAGGUGUUACUCAAUAUACUUGCAGUUCAAGCAAGUUGAGAUCACAAUUCACAAUAUGAUAUUUAUUAAUGUGGUGAGGAACAUAGUUCGAAGAGCCGAUGGACGUUGGGGUCCCAUGGUGCUGGAAUGGCGACCCCCACCAGGUGGACUGACGACAUCAAGCGAGUCGCAGGCAUUCGCUGGAUGCAGGCGGUUCAGGAUCGUGAUUGUAGUGUUUGUGUAUAUAUGCACCGGUAGUGGGAGAAAGCGGGCAGUCUGUCUCUGGCAUCGAGAGAAGGCUGAUGUGUGCUGCUGGCCUUUAUAGUGUAUAACAGUUUUGUGGUAAGACGGUGACUUACUGCUAUUACAGUAAGAACAAGGGACCUUACAGUGAUGUUUGGAAGUCCCUACAAAAGGCCUAUGUCCUGCAAUGGACGUCCAUCGGCUGAUAUGAUGAUGAUGAUGAGGAAUUGACACUGUAUUCAUAUACUACAUUUAUAUCAAUUGAGUAACAUAUAAUUAAUACAUUCCUUAGGUCUAAAUAAAGUAGGGUAAUAAUGCAUAAAGCUAUACUCCAGCAAUAUUACAGUAUUAUUUCCUUAUGGGGUAAGAAUUAAGCAACCUUACUCUACUUUACCAUUAUUUAUUAUAUGUAGGGCUAGUCUUAUACUGAUCGAUGUAUGACGUCAGACCGAUUUAACAAAAUUUGCAAGAUUUUUCUUUCAUUAGUAGAUUCAGUAUGUGUCAACUGUUCGCAGU